GCUUCUGUUAAUGCCAUGCAAGAGAUGCUGGCACCAGCGGUUCAUUCCCGUGACUUUUCCGGACGUGCGAAGCACGCCGGCCCCAGCAACUCCGCUGGUAGUCCACCCCAGUUUGAGGUCACGGUCUCGGCUCUAUACGACGAGGAGUUUGUAGACGAGCUACUAAACCAGGAAGCUGUGGCAUACGACCCAGCUCAAUCUGAGUUUGAUCUGACCAGUGUACUGGCAGAUAACCAAGCCAUUACAGCGCAAGCUGAUUUUGACGUUCUUCCAAGUGAAGAUAUUUACAAUGGCAGUGAGGCUAUUGGCCCCGAGAUAUUUAGCAACCUAGCAGAAAGAGCUGUAAAAGCGGUAACUUUGCCAAUCAAGAAAGAGACGUAUGCAAAAAUUGCAGAAAAAUACGUUACACCGUCAAAUGCGGUAGCCGUGUCGGCACCCAGAAUAGACAGUGAACUUUGGGGAACCAUCCCCGCCUCAGCUAGAUCCAAGGACGUGAUCUUACAGAAAAUCCAAAAACAAGUUAUCAAAGGCAAGGAGCGUGUGAGUUCUCACAUCCCACCAAACGAGGCCAUGUCCACUGCGUCCCAAGACGACUGGUUACCAGAAACCCAAGAGCUCUUUCUGAAGCUGGAAGCAGAGAAAGGAUGGACGCUAAUGAAGCGUACUGACGCGGACCAUCAGACCUUGGACCACACCUUUACCAGGAUCCGAACGGCCAAGGGCCAGGCCUUUCACUUUGCGAUAUUCUUGUACGAGGGGGAACGCAAGCUGCGCGGUGUCUGUCAGUUCAGCGAUGAGACUAAUGGACUUCUCAGAGGGUGGGUACACGCCGGUGCUAUCGCUACAAUGCACGACAGCACAACAGCUGUACUAGCCACUAACAUGGGCGCCAAGCUUGCAUUCACAGCGUACAUCCAUAUCAACUUCAUGAGGCCAAUUCCAGUGAGAUCUCCCAUCUUGAUGGAGGCGAAGAUAGAAAAGAUGGAGGGGAAAAAGAUGUUCCUGACGUCGAGUCUCAAAAGUCAAGAUGAGACCAUGGUUUAUUCAGAUUGCCGAGCCUUGUGGAUAGAUGCUGCAAAUUCAAAAUUAUGAAAAUGAAUUUCAUUAAAUCAGGGAUAAUACUUUGUGAUGCAAUUCUGUUUCAUUGACUUUUGCCUCCGACCAGUAAUUUUAAAUUGUGUA